UGGCAACGGCAGUUUUCCCCUCACACACGACGCACCACGACCACAUACACACAAAGGUGGACGCUGAGUUGAGAGAGCUGAUGAAGACAAGAGAACACACACACCCGACUACCCUUUGCCCGUGUUCUCCUCUCCCGCCAUCUCGCUUUCUCUCAUAUCUAGUGAUUUGAUCGCCGAUCAAUCUCUCCCCCUCUCUCUUUCGUUUUGGUUUGGGAUUUGAGUUUGCCGUUCUCCUUGUGUUCGGUCUUGAGUGAGUCUGUGUUUUGACUUGACUCGCUCCCAGCAAGGAAAGGCCCUCUUCAUCACCAACCAACCACACCCCCCCCCACCAGCACAACUGAAGCACCUGAAGCUAUUAUUGAUACCCACCGACGUUGAACGCGUGAACCACCGACACGCUCACACGUGCACGCACACAUCUCCACGACACACCUGCCGCUUCAGCAGUAACCACAGCCACAACAGCCCACUGUCAAGCCAAGGCGACACAGUGCGCACGCACUCGCUGCCAAACGCUACCACACACAUAUUCACACACUCUCUCUCUAAUCACCCGCAGUAAUGGGCGAUGAGGAGUGGAAGGACCCCCGGGCCGACUUCAUGGCCCACUGGGUCCUGGACACCACUAAGCAGAAGAUGGACAAAUGGCAAAAGAUGAUUGCCGUUGAGGAAUACAAACAAGCGCUGUUGGACUUCUUUGACCAGAGGGACCAGCGCUUGAUUGUGUUCUUGUUGGAUGCAAAGGGCGUGUUUCAGCCCUUGUUUGAGUUUCCAUCCAAGGUCAAGGCGAAAGGCGCCUUCUUCAUCAAGCAAGGCGCUGACACAAUCACAAAGGACAACUACAAGUCGCUGUACUGCGGUGAUUUGUCCACGUCGCCUGUUGACCAGGUCAAGUCGCUUGUGGAGGGCGUGCUCAUGCCCAUCCUGCGCAACACAGACAACAACGCCGCGUGGCCCGCCGUUGUCACCACAGACGUCUCCACGCAGGCGCAGGCGCUCAACAGCACGACGGAGGUGCUGUGCGGGCGCAUGAAGGGCCAGAUGCCGCUGCCCAUGCCCGCCGGCGCAGAGGUCCUCGACGAGGACGAUGCGGCAGCAGCACAGACGCAAGCCGGCGCCGCUGGCGACGACGAACAGCAGCAGCAGGAGGAGGAGGAGGACGCAGGCGAGGAGGAGCCAGAGAAGGAAGGAGCCAAGAAGGCGCACACUGACGAGCAGGUUAUUGCGGAGCUUGCGCGGGACAAGAGCAUGGUGCACGCGAUUGAGUCUGGCGUGAUUGAGUGGACGCGGCAGAUUCGCGAGGUGCUCAAGCGCGACUCUGCGCAGCUGCUCAUGGACGGGCAGCACCCGACAGCACUUGUUGAGCUUGACUUUUGGGCGGCAAAGUGCAAGUCGCUGCAGAGCCUGCAUAGCCAGCUCACCAGCGCGCGCAUGAAGAAGAUGCAGGCCGUGCUCGACCACGAGCAGAGCUCCUACGCGGCGGCGCUGCGCACGCUGCAGGAGGACGUGCACAGCGCGCUUGAGGAAGCAACAGACAUCAGCGCGCACCUCGAGCCCUUGCGCCGCUACCUGGAGAGCAUCGAGGAGACACCCUUUGAGGACAUGGAGAAGCUGCUGACGUCGGCAUUUCACACGGUCGAGCUCGUCUGGCGCCACGCCAAGCACUACGCAACGCCGCGCCACAUUGUCGUGCUGCUGCGCGAGAUGAUGAACCAAAUUAUCGUCGCCGUGCACAACACGCUUGAGCCGCGCAGCGUGUUCUCGCUGGAGGUGGACGAGGGCAUUGUCAAGCCACAGCACGCCCUCAAGCUCAUUGCUCUCACAGAGCGGCUGCUCGCGGACACGCGCGCCAGCAUCAACACAGCGGCCGAUCAGGGCGAGUGCCCACCGUGGAAGUUUGAGACACGCCUGGUGCUUGCGCGCCUGGACGAGUUUAAGCACCGCGUCACCAUGAUCCUGGAGCUCUUUGAGCACGCCCUCGACUUUUUCAAGCUGGAGAAGGUCGAAGUCAGCAGCGAGAAGCUGAACCGCCAGCUGAAGCAGAUGUACGACACGAUUGUUGCGCGGUGGGAGCACCUUGGCAAGGUCACUGGCGACGAAGGCUUUGACUGCCUCGACCCUGUCGUGCCUGACUUUGAAGAGGAGUACAAGAGCUUCAUGGAGCUUCGCGCGGAUUUCGACUACCGCAUCGGCGCCAUUGCCCUGCAGAGCUUUGAGCAGUGCGUGGGCCUGGAGGGCGCCUUCAAGCUCAUCCACGGCUUUAUGGGCCUGCUCGACCGCGCUGACGUCAUUGACGACGUGGGCCCGCAGUACCCGCGGCUGCUCACCAUGUACGAGGAGGACCUCGACACAGUCAAGUCCCUCUUUGACGACCUGCAGCAGCAGCCCCUGCUGGCCAAGAACAUGCCAGACACAGCCGGCCGCCUGCGCGUGCUUGCCGAGUUCCGCCAGCGCACGCAGCGCCCGCGCGACCAGUUUGUGGCCAUGAACCACCCGCUGUUCCAGACGGCCGAGUCUGAGCGCAUCUUUGCCAAGCACGACGAGCUGCUUGCUCUCUUCAAGCAGCACGAGGCAAAGGUCUUUGAGGAGUGGGCGUCGUCCGUUGGUGAGCGUAGCGAGCACAACCUCGCCCUGCCGCUCCUCGUGCGCGACCCAGACACCUUCCUCAUCCACGUCAACUUUGACCCGCAGCUGGUGGCCGUGCUGCGCGAGGUGAAGUACCUGCAGACGCUGCACAACGCCGCCGUGGUCUCCACCCGGCCCAACACCGCCGCCCGCAAGCCCUCCACCGCGCCCGGCACCAAGCGCGCAUCCCAGCAGCAGCAGCAGCAGCAGGAGCAGCAGCAGCAGGAGCAGGACAAGGACAAGGAGGCGGCCACGGAGAACGGGGGCGCCGCGGGCCCGAUGAAGCUCAAGGCCGGCAAUCACGACAUCCCCGACAGCGCAACAGCCAUCUUCGCGCGCAACGAGCAGUUCCACGAGGUGCUUGGCAACCUCAACAUUGCCGUCACAGAGUACAACCGCAUCCAGGAGCACCUGCUUGACGUGGAGGCGCCGCUGGUGGAGCAGGAGUUGGCGGCCAUCGACGCGCACCUUGAACGCGGCAUCAACGAGCUCAACUGGAACUCGUCCGAGACAGAGGCAUACUGCCUGCAGAUGAAGGAGGUGAUUGAGGACCUGAGCGACCGCCUGUCCAGCUCCAAGACCAACGUCGAGGUGAUGACAAAGGACAUGGCGGAGUGGUACGUCGACCCGCUCUUCGUCCGCGACCACAAGUCCGGCCUGUUGCAGAUUCAGGACCGCACCAAGCUCAUGGCGCCACACAAGGACAAGAUCCGCAAGACGGGCCUCAAGUUUAUCCGCUUGCUUGAGGAGAACAGGCAGCUCUUUGGCGUGGAGCACAGCGACCCCAACUGGCAGGCGUACGUCGACUUUGUUGACCAGCUUGUCCUCAACGGCCUCUACAACGUCGUGCACGUGUCCAUGGCCUACCUGCUUGAUCGCAUGGAGGGUAAGGAAACCGCCGCCGCCAACGCCGCUGCGGCGGAUGGCGACGUUGACACGACCGCUGCUGCUGCCGCCACCGCUGCUGGUGCUGCCCGCCAUGGCGCUGGCGCUGGCACACACGCGCACGGCGGCGAGAAGCACCGCCCGCUGCAGGACGGCAAGAUGUCGCUCAUUGCGCCCGAAAUCUGCUUUGAGCCCGGCAUCAACGACACCGACCCGCAGCCGUCGCUCCUGGAGCAGAACUUGCAGGUUGUGUCCGACUUUCUGGACGUGGGCUCGCUGUUCCCGCGGCUGUCGCAGCACGCGGGCGGGCGGUCGUACCGGGAGGAACUGGCGGACAUGGAGGAGCUCAUGGACCUGCAGGACGAGCUGGAGAGCAAGGUCAACGCCGCCGUCGACGCUGCCCUGGAGCUGGAGCAGACGCUGCGCAACAAGUACGAGCACCUGUGGCGCGACGACAUGGACGACUUCUUGGAGCAGUUCCUCAAGUACGGGCACGUGCUGACGCAAGAGGAGAUUGAGGCCGCUGCGGAGGAGGGCGGGCAGGUGGAGGAGAACCCGCCCACGCUGGAGCAGUUCCAGGAGAACAUUGACAAGUACAACGCCGUUGCCGAGGAGGUGAAGGCCCUGGACGACUCGAGCGUGUUUGACGGCUGGCUGGUGAUUGACAGCCGAAGCUUCAAGUACGAGCUGUACAACAUCAUCAAGAAGUGGAGCUUCCUGUUCCUCAACCACCUGCAGACACACGUCACCUCCAGCCUCAACGACCUGCAGACGUUUAUCGAGUCGGCCAAGGUUGGCCUGACCAAGGAGGUGCCCGAGGGCGACUACGACGCGCUGGUCGGCGUGAUGGGCUACCUCAACGCCCUCACCUCCCGCGCGGAGGCCACCGACGCCAUGUUCGGCCCGCUCGGCGACACGGUGAAGCUGCUCAACACGUACGAGGUGGAGGUCGGCCCCGAGGUGCUGACGCAGCUGGACAAGCUGCCGGAGCGCUGGACCGACUGCAAGAAGCUCGCCAACCAGGUGAGCAACGACGUCGCGCCGCUGCAGGCCGACGAGGUGGCCAAGCUCAAGCGCAAGGCCAACCAGUUUGACGUGCGCAACUUUGAGUUCCGCGAGGACUUUGUCAAGCGGGCACCCACGCGGUACGACGCGCAGCGGGUGUACCAGCAGAUUGACAACCACUACCGCGAGUACCUGGAGAUGGACGCGGAGAUGUCCAAGCUGGCCGAGUCCGCCACCCUCUUCAACGUCAAGCUGCCGGAGUACAAGCAGCUGCGCGCGUGCAAGCGCGAGCUCAUCAUGCUCAAGAACCUGUGGGACAUGGUUUUCGUCGUGCGCUCCGAGUUUGCGGCGUGGAAGACGACAAAGUGGAAGGAGGUGAACGUGGAGAACAUGGAGAUGGAGUGCAAGCGCUUUGUCAAGGAGAUUCGCAAGUUGGACAAGGAGUCCCGCGCGUGGGAGGCGUUCAACGGCGUGGACAACGAGGUGAAAAACAUGAUCACGUCGCUGGGCGCCGUCGGCCUGCUGCAGAGCCCCUCCAUCCGCGACCGCCACUGGCAGCAGCUCAUGCAGGCGACGGGCGUGAAGAUUGUCAUGACCGAGGACACGCGGCUGGCCGACCUGCUCGCGCUCAACCUGCACAACUUCGAGGACGACGUGGCCACGAUUGUGGACCGCGCCAACAAGGAGCAGGGCAUGGAGAAGACGCUGCGGGAGCUGGACGCGACGUGGAGCGCGCUCGAGUUUGAGUACGACACGCACAAGUCCACGGGCACGCCACUGCUGAAGACGUCUGAGGAGCUGAUUGAGACGCUGGAGGACAACCAGGUGCAGAUCCAGAACCUCAUGACGUCCAAGUACAUUGCGUACUUCCUGGAAGACGUCUCUGGCUGGCAGAAGAAGCUGUCCACGGCAGACUCUGUGAUUGAGAUUUACACGGAGGUGCAGCGCACGUGGUCGCACCUCGAGUCCAUCUUCAUUGGCUCCGAGGACAUUCGGCAGCAGCUUCCGGAGGACAGCAAGCGCUUUGACACCAUUGACGUCGACUUCAAGGAGGUGGCGCACGACGCCGCCAAGACGCCCAACGUGAUUGAGGCCACGAACAAGGCCGGCCUGUACGAGAAGCUGGAGAACAUCCAGUCGCGCCUGGGCCUGUGCGAGAAGUCGCUGCAGGAGUACCUGGAGACGAAGCGGCUGGCGUUCCCGCGCUUCUACUUCGUGUCCGGCGCGGACUUGCUGGACAUUCUGUCCAACGGCAACAACCCGCCCAAGGUUGCCAAGCAGCUUGCCAAGCUGUUCACGGCCAUGGGCGGCCUGAAGCAGCCGGACGACGACCCCAACACCGCGCUCGGCAUGUACGCCACGGACGGCGAGUACGUGGAGUUUACGCGCGAGUGUGUGCUGCAGGGCCGCGUGGAGGACUGGCUGAACCACCUCCUGGACGUGCACCGCGACACGCUGCGCGACAUUCUGGCCGAGGCCGUCGUUGGCUACGAGGAGAAGCCGCGGCGCGAGUGGGUGUUUGAUUACCCAGCGCAGAUCUCGCUCACGGGCACGCAGAUUUGGUGGGCCACAGAGGUGACCAUUGCCUUCUCACGCCUGGAGGAGGGCUUUGAGACGGCGAUGAAGGAGUACAACAAGAAGCAGGUGUCGCUGCUCAACGACCUCAUCCGCCUGCUGCAGGGCAAGCUGAGCAAGGCGCACCGCCGCAUGCUGCAGACCAUCUGUACCAUUGACGUGCAUUGCCGUGACGUCGUCAUCCACCUCAUCAACGUCAAGGCGGAGUCUGCCGAGGCGUUUGACUGGCAGUGCCAGCUGCGCCACAUCUGGGACGAGCAAGCCAAAUUGUGCCGCGUGCACAUUUGCGAUGCCCGCUUCAACUACGCCUACGAGUACCUGGGCAACGUGCCGCGGCUGGUGGUCACGCCGCUCACGGAUCGCUGCUACAUCACCCUCACGCAGUCCCUGCAUCUCAUCAUGUCCGGCGCCCCUGCUGGCCCCGCCGGUACGGGCAAGACAGAGACCACCAAGGAUCUUUCCAGGUGUAUCAGUCUUCCCAUCUACGUGUUCAACUGCAGUGAGCAGAUGGACUACAAGUCUGUUGGCAACAUCUACAAGGGCCUGGCGCAGUCUGGCGCGUGGGGCUGCUUCGACGAGUUCAACCGCAUCUCCGUCGAGGUGCUCUCUGUCGUCGCCGUGCAGGUGAAGACCAUCCAGGACGCCAUCCGCGCCAAGAAGCAGCGCUUCAACUUCCUGGGCGAGGUGAUCUCCCUCACCCCGUCUGUGGGCAUCUUCAUCACCAUGAACCCCGGCUACGCCGGCCGCACCGAGCUGCCGGAGAACAUCAAGGCGCUCUUCCGCCCCUGUGCCAUGGUCGUGCCCGACUACGGCAUGAUCUGCGAGAUUAUGCUCGUGUCCGAAGGUUUCCUCGACGCCAAGCUGCUUGCGCGCAAGUUCAUCACGCUCUACACGCUCAACCGCGAUCUCCUCUCCAAGCAGGACCACUACGAUUGGGGCCUGCGCGCCAUCAAGUCUGUGCUCGUCGUUGCGGGCGCUCUGAAGCGGGCGGACCCGGACCGCUCCGAGGAGGAGGUGCUCAUGCGCGCCCUCCGCGACUUCAACAUCCCCAAGAUUGUCAACGAGGAUCUGCCCGUGUUUAUGGGCCUCAUUGGCGACCUGUUCCCCGGCCUGGACGUCCCGCGCAAGCGUGACAUGGACUUUGAGAAGACGGUGCGCGAAGCUGUGCUGUCCCUCGGCUACCAGGCGGAGGACAGCUUCCUGCUCAAGAUUGUGCAGCUGCAGGAGCUGCUUGACGUGCGCCACUCUGUGUUUGUGCUCGGCCCCGCCGCCACGGGCAAGACGGGCGUCCUGCGCUCCCUCAACAAGACGUACCAGCUGCAAGGGCGCAAGCCCAUCUGGGCCGACCUCAACCCAAAGGCGGUCACCAAUCACGAGCUGUACGGCUACAUCAACCUGGCCACGCGCGAGUGGGUGGACGGGCUCUUCUCGCACAUCAUGCGCGACAUUGCCAACUCCCCCGGCGACAGCCCCAAGUGGAUGGUGCUGGACGGUGACAUUGACACCAUGUGGAUCGAGUCCCUCAACACGGUCAUGGACGACAACAAGGUGCUCACGCUCGCCUCCAACGAGCGCAUUGCCCUGCAGCCGUCCAUGCGCCUCCUGUUUGAGAUUGCCAACCUCACCUACGCCAGCCCCGCCACCGUGUCGCGCGCGGGCAUCCUCUUCGUCAACCCAACCGAUCUCGGCUGGAACCCGUUUGUUGCGUCGUGGAUUGAGACGCUGGAGAGCCCCGGGCAGCGCACCAACCUCAUGAUCCUCUUUGAGAAGUACGUGCCGCCGUGCCUCGACGCGCUGCGCACGCGCUUCAAGACCAUCACCCCGAUGACCGAGUGGUCCAUGGUCAACACGUUGUGCCACCUGCUCGAGCUGCUGCUCACCCCGGAGCACACGCCCGAGGGCUGCCCCAAGGAGGACUACGAACUCUUCUUCGCCUGGGCGGCCGUGUGGGCCUUUGGCGGCCAGCUCUUCAAGGACCAGCUGGUCGACUGGCGCGAGGAGUUUAGCAAGUGGUGGGUCACCGAGUUCAAGACGGUCAAGUUCCCCAGCAGCGGCACGGUCUUUGACUACUACAUCAACAAGGACAAGAAGUUCUGCCCCUGGUCCGAGCUCGUGCAGCCAAUGGAGUACGACCCGGAGGUGCCCAUGUCCUCUGCGCUCGUGCCUACCACGGAGACGGUGCGCGUGCGCUACUGGAUGGACCUGCUCGUGGACGCGGGCCAGCCCGUGCUGCUGGUGGGCUCGCCAGGUACCGGCAAGACGGCCACCAUCCUCGACAAGCUGCGCUCGCUCAACAGCGACGAGUGGAUCUACUCCAUCACGUCGUUCAACCACUACACGACGCACCACACCAUCCAGGGCGUGCUGGAGGAGCCCCUGGAGAAGAAGGCCGGCAAGAACUUUGGCCCCCCGGGCACAAAGCGUCUCGUGUACUUUGUGGACGACCUGAACAUGCCCGAGGUGGACCUGUACGGCACGGCGUCGCCGCACACGGUCAUGCGCCAGCACCUCGACUACGACCACUGGUACGACCGCCAGAAGCACACGCUCAAGAUUGUGUCCAACACGCAGUACAUGGCCAGCAUGAACCCCAAGGCCGGCAGCUUCACCAUCAACCCGCGCCUGCAGCGCCACUUUACCGUGUUUGCCAUCAGCCCGCCCGGCGACGCCGCCCUCACCACCAUCUACACGCAGCUGCUCACGGGCCACCUCAAGAACGCGGGCUUCAGCAAGAGCGUGCUGAGCAAGGCGGUGGAGCCGACCAUCACCGCCGCCAUCAAGAUCCACACAAAGGCGUCCAGCACCUUCCUGCCAACAGCCAUCAAGUUCCACUACGUCUUCAACCUGCGUGACCUCACCAACGUGUUCCAGGGCAUCGCCUUCUCCACGGGGGACACGUUCAAGACGCCGCUGCAGGUCGCCCGCCUGCUCCUGCACGAGUGCGAGCGCGUGUACUCGGACAAGCUCGUCACGGAGGAGGACCUGGUCCUCUUCAAGAAGUUCAGCGAGCAGAUUAUGACCGAGUCGUUCCCCGACCUGGAGGCGGAGCAGCUGCUGGCGGAGCCGCGCAUCCACACGCACUUUGCCGGCGGCAUUGGCGAGCCCAAGUACAAGCAGGUCAGCAGCAUGCAGUCGCUCAACACCAUCCUGAACGAGGCGCUGUCCAACUACAACGACGUCAACUCGGCCAUGAACCUGGUGCUCUUCCGCGACGCCAUGCAGCACGUCUGCCGCAUCAACCGCAUCCUGGAGAGCCCGCGCGGGAACGCCCUCCUGGUCGGCGUCGGCGGCUCCGGUAAGCAGUCGCUCUCGCGCCUGGCCGCGUCCAUCAGCGGCCUUGACGCCUUCCAGAUCACGCUGUCCAAGGGCUACGGCAUCAAUGAGCUCAAGGCGGACCUGGCGAGCUGCUACAUCAAGGCCGGGCAGAAGGGCCAGGGCGUCAUGUUCCUCAUGACCGACAGCCAGGUUGGCGACGAGGGCUUCCUCGUCCUCAUCAACGACCUGCUUGCCUCUGGCGAGAUCCCGGGCCUGUUUGCGGACGACGAGAAGGCGGAGAUUGUCGAUGGCGUGCGCGGCGAGGUCAAGUCUGCCGGCAUGCAGGACACGACGGAGAACUGCUGGGCCUUCUUCAUUGACCGCGUGCGCCGCCUGCUCAAGGUUGUGCUGUGCUUCUCCCCUGUCGGCGACACGCUGCGCAAGCGCGCGCGCAAGUUCCCGGCCAUUGUCAACUGCACGUCCAUUGACUGGUUCCACGAGUGGCCGGAGGACGCGCUUGUUUCCGUGUCGCGCAGCUUCCUGGGCGACGUGGAGCAGGUGCCCGAGGACCUCAAGGACCCCAUCUCCCAGUUUAUGGCGUACGUGCACGGCUCCGUCAACGAGAUGAGCCAGACGUUCCUCGCCAACGAGCGCCGCCACAACUACACCACGCCCAAGUCGUUCCUGGAGCAGAUUGCGCUGUACCAGCACCUGCUAGAGCAGAAGCACACGGAGCUGCAGAACGCCAUGGACCGCAUGGAGAACGGCCUGACGAAGCUCAAGAGCACGGCUGCGCAGGUGGACGACCUCAAGGAGAAGCUCAAGGCGCAGGAGAUUGAGCUCGACCAGAAGAACAGGGAGGCCGACGCCCUCAUUGAGAAGGUUGGCGUGGAGACGGAGAAGGUCAACAAGGAGAAGGAGGUGGCUGCUGUGGAGCAGGAGAAGGUGCGCGUCAUCAACGAGGACGUCUCUGCCAAGCAGAAGUCGUGCGAGGAGGACCUGGCCAAGGCCGAGCCCGCGCUCGUUGCGGCGCAGGAAGCCCUCAACACGCUUAACAAGAACAACCUGACGGAGCUUAAGUCCUUCGGCGCGCCGCCAGCCAUUGUCGUCACCGUCUCUGCGGCGGUCAUGUGCCUGCUGGCGCCGGGCAAGGUGCCCAAGGACCGCUCGUGGAAGGCCGCCAAGGCCAUGAUGGGCAACGUCACCGAGUUCCUCGACAAGCUGCUCAACUACGACAAGGAGAACAUCCCGGAGCCCAACCUCAAGGCCGUGUACCCGUACCUCAAGGACCCGGAGUUUGACCCGGACUUUGUGCGCGGCAAGUCGCUCGCCGCCGCCGGCCUGUGUGCGUGGGCGCGCAACAUUGUCACCUUCUACGAGAUUUUCUGCGACGUGGAGCCCAAGCGGCAGGCGCUGGCUGCGGCCAACGCGCAGCUGGAGGCGGCGCAGACCAAGCUGAACAAGAUCAUGGACAAGAUCAAGAAGCUCGACGAGGCGCUGCACCGCCUGCAGAUGGAGUUCCAGGAGGCCACGGACGCCAAGCUCAAGUGCCAGGCGGAGGCCGACGCCACCAACCGCACCAUCUCGCUGGCCAACCGCCUCGUGGGCGGGCUUGCCUCUGAGAAGGAGCGCUGGGGCGAGGCCGUGCAGAACUUCAAGCAGCAGGGCAUCACGCUGCCCGGUGACGUGCUCAUGGUGACGGCGUUCAUCUCCUACACGGGCUGCUUCACCAAGAAGUACCGCGACAUGCUGUACAACGAGCGCUGGGUGCCCUUCCUCAAGUCUGGGCUCAAGUCGCCCAUUCCCUGCACGGAGGGCCUGGACCCGCUGGCCAUCCUCACGGACAACGCGCAGGUUGCCUCGUGGCAGAACGAGGACCUGCCUGCCGACCGCGUGUCCACGGAGAACGCCACCAUCCUGCUCAAUGCCAAGCGCUGGCCGCUCAUCAUUGACCCGCAGGAGCAGGGCAUCAAGUGGAUCAAGAAGCGCGAGGGCGAGGACCUGCGUGUGGUGCGCCUGGGCCAGAAGGGCUACCUGGACACGAUUGAGCGCGCCGUGGGCAACGGCGACUGCCUGCUCAUUGAGAACCUGGGCGAGGACGUGGAGCCCGUGCUGGACAACCUGCUUGGGCGGCAGCUCAUCAAGAAGGGCCGCGCCGUGAUGAUUGGCGACAAGGAGGUGGAGUACAGCCCCACGUUCCGCCUCAUCCUGCACACGAAGAUGGCCAACCCGCACUACAAGCCCGAGCUGCAGGCGCAGUGCACGCUCAUCAACUUCACCGUGACGCAGAGCGGGCUGGAGGACCAGCUGCUGGCGGACGUCGUCACUGCGGAGCGCCCGGACCUGCAGGAGACCAAGGCCAAGCUGACGCAGGAGCAGAACCAGUACGCCAUUACGCUCAAGGAGCUCGAGGACGCGCUGCUGGCGCGCCUGUCUUCUGCGGAGGGUGACUUCCUGCAGGACGAGGCGCUCGUUGUCGGCCUGGAGGAUACGAAGAAGACGGCCGAGGAGAUUGCGGAGAAGGUGAAGGAGGCCAAGGUGACGGAGGAGGAGAUCAACCGCAACCGCGAGCUGUACCGCCCCGCCGCCGCGCGCGCCGCCCUGCUCUACUUCAUCAUCAACGAGCUGGACAAGAUCCACCCCAUGUACCAGAUCUCGCUUAAGGCGUUCAAGGUGGUGUUUGCGCACGCCAUCUCCAUCUCGGAGCCCGCGGAGGAGGUGAAGGCGCGCGUGGACAACAUCACGGAGACCAUCACCUUCUCCGUGUUCAACUAUGUCUCGCGCGGCCUGUUUGAGCGCGACAAGCUCAUCUUCUCCUCGCAGAUGGCCCUGCAGAUUCUCGCCAAGCGCGGCGAGAUUGUGCCCGCGGAGCUCGAGUUUCUGCUCAAGGCGCCGUCCGUGCCCAACGUGGUGAGCCCCGUUGACUUUAUGAGCCACGCCUCGUGGGGCAACCUCAAGGCGCUCUCGGCGCUGGAGGCGUUUGCCAACCUCGACCGGGACGUGGAGGGCUCGGCCAAGCGCUGGAAGAAGUUCUGCGAGAGCGAGGUGCCGGAGAAGGAGAAGUUCCCUGGCGAGUGGAAGAACAAGACGCUCAUGCAGCGGCUGUGCAUGAUGCGCUGCUUCCGCCCGGACCGCAUGCUGUACGCCAUGUCGCUGUUUGUGGCGGAGGUGCUCGGCGAGAAGUACACGGCGGGCCGCGUCAUGGAGUUUUCAAGGACGUUUGAGGAGACGUCGCGCGCCACGGGCGUCUUCUUCAUCCUCUCCCCGGGCGUGAACCCGAUUCUGCAGGUGGAGCAGCUUGGCAACAAGCUCGGGUUUGCCUUUGACAACAACAACUACCACCAGGUGUCGCUUGGCCAGGGCCAGGAGGUUGUUGCGGAGAACGCGCUGACGGUGGCGGCGGAGAAGGGCCACUGGGUUGUGCUGGAGAACAUCCAUCUGGUGAAGAAGUGGCUGCCGAGCCUGGAGAAGAAGCUUGAGCAGUGCUCGCUGGAGGCGCACGACGACUUCCGCUACUUUUUGACUGCGGAGCCCGCGUCCACGGCGGCCUCGCACAUCAUUCCCCAGGGCAUCCUGGAGGCGUGCAUCAAGAUCACAAACGAGCCGCCCACGGGCAUUCAGGCCAACCUGCACGCCGCGCUGGACAACUUCAACCAGGACACGCUGGAGAUGUGUGCCAAGGAGAACGAGUUCCGCAAGCUGCUGUUCUCGCUCGUGUACUUCCACGCGGUGGUGCUUGAGCGGCGCAAGUUCGGGCCCAUGGGCUGGAACCGCAACUACCCCUUCAACACGGGCGACCUGACCAUCUCCUGCAACGUGCUGCUCAACUACCUGGAGAGCAACAACACCGUGCCGUGGACCGACCUGCGCUACCUCUUUGGCGAGAUUAUGUACGGCGGGCACAUCACGGACAACCUUGACCGGCGCCUGUGCAACACGUACCUGAUGGAGUUUAUGCGGCCGGAGAUGCUGGACACGGAUCUGGAGCUUGCGCCCGGGUUCCUGUGCCCGAACAGCAUGGAGUACAACGAGUAUCACGAGUACAUUGACGAGAACCUGCCGCCGGAGUCGCCCUACCUGUACUGGAUGCACCCCAACGCGGAGAUUGAGUUUUUGACGGUGACGUCGCAGCGGCUGUUCUCGACGGUGCUUGAGCUGCAGCCGCGGGAGACAGCGGCGAGUGGCGGCGAGGGUGCCGGGCAGACGCGCGAGGAGAAGAUCAAGGCCAUCCUGGACGACAUUCUGGAGAAGCUGCCGGAGGAGUUCAACAUGCUCGAGUUCAACCAGCGGCUGCCCGCGGAGGAGCGCACGCCGUAUUCCAACGUGGCGUUCCAGGAGACGGCGCGCAUGAACAAGCUGACCAACGAGCUUCGGCGGCAGCUGAAGGAGCUUGACCUUGGCCUCAAGGGCGAGCUGACCAUCACGGAGGCCAUGGAGGAGCUGAGCCACGCGCUCGAGCUGAACAAGGUGCCGGCCAACUGGGAGAGCAUGGCGUACCCGAGCACGAAGCCGCUUGGCCCGUGGUAUGCGGAUCUGCUGGAGCGCAUCAAGUUCCUGGAGGCGUGGUCGACGGACUUUGCGCUGCCCGCUGUGGUGUGGCUGGGCGGGCUGUUCAACCCGCAGUCGUUCCUCACCGCCAUUCUGCAGCAGACGGCGCGCAAGAAUGAGUGGCCGCUGGACAAGAUGUGCAUGAACUGCGACGUGACGAAGAAGUACAACAAGGAGGACUUUACCACGCCGCCGCGCGAGGGCUCGUACAUCUGCGGUCUGUUUAUGGAGGGUGCGCGCUGGGACACGGGCAGCGGCAUCAUCCAGGAUGCCCGGCUGAAGGAGCUCACGCCCACCAUGCCCAUCCUCUACUUGAAGGCCAUUCCCGUGGAGAAGCGCGACACGCGCAACAUUUACGAGUGCCCGACGUUCAAGACCAAGGAGCGUGGCCGUGCCAACGAGCAGGUCGCUGUGGGCGUCUGCCCGGGCUUUGUCUGGUCGUUUGACCUUCGCACCAAGGCCCACCCGAACAAGUGGACGCUGGCUGGCGUUGCCCUCUUGCUCUCCGACUAACUUCUGCGUUUCUGUGUGUGUGUGUGUGUGUGUGUGUGUGUGUGUGUGUGUGUGUGUGUGUGUGUGUGCUUGUUUGUGUGUGCUUGUUUGUGUGUGUGUGUGUGUGUGUUUCUUCGUGUGAUUCGUGUUUGUUUUGUUUCGUGUAUCUGUCUGUGUGUGCCCUUCUUGCAACUAUACACUGCUCUUGCUUGUUUGCGUGUUGGUGCUUUCCCAAACUACAUCCCACGCAUGAUGAUGUCACUGUUCUUUCCCAUUGCUUUGUUGUUGUUUCAUUGCUGCGUCUCUGAAGAAGCGAGCGAGCGAUAAAUACUCGACACAU